GUUGAGGGCUCCCGUCAAAAUGCGUUAUUUUGUCGGUGUUUGAAAUCUGAGAGCAAAGAGGAGGGCUUCUUAUUCAUGAACGAUAAUGCAAGCGCACCUUUUGGUGGGACCCAUCCCUAUCGCUGGUUGUGGUGGCGGGUUCAACUCCAUCAUCGAUUCCAAUCUGUUCAUCGCUGCUCCACCCAGCUGGAAUAACCGUCGGCACCGGCGACUCCGCCACGGUCACUGGUGGAGUCCACUUUUUGUAGCAUCGUCUUCGGCUGCCGCAAUCAACGGCGAGCAGAACCACUACGUCGUGUUGGGGCUUGAUCAGACUGCCACCGCCGCUGAUAUCAAAAGGGCUUAUCGCCUUCUCGCUCGCAAGUAUCAUCCUGACGUUAGCAAGGAUUCACAAGCUGCUGAAUUGUUCAAGAGCAUUCGUCAAGCAUAUGAAGUACUCUCCAAUGAGGUAACAAGAAAUGAGUAUGAUCGGUCUCUAAAAAUUGGCCAGCAGCCCUACAGGAAAAAAUGGAGUUACAGCACUGAAUUUGAGGAUGGGAUAAGAAUGUAUAGGUGGGCCAAACUGAGGCAGAAAAUGCGUAAUGAAGCAUACUGGGAGCACUACAACGUCAACGAGGGCUACUAUAACAGCAGUGAAACAGAGGAGGAAGAGGAGAAUGAAGAAGAAAAAUUAGAGGAGAGAGGUUCCUUCUUCGAAGUUCUGAGAUCUGCAUUCAUGUCCCUGCUAUUGUUCCAAACAUUUGGAUCCCGACUAUCCCUCACAUUUAGCAGUCUAAUGGCAUUGUUCGACAGGAAGCUGGAUACUGGCUAUAAAAUUGGUUAUGUAAUGGCAUGGAUUCUGGGUGGUAGGGGGGGCAUAUUGCUAACAUUAUGCUUGUCAUUUGCAAGUUGGGUUUGUGGAAAAACCAGUAGUAGUGUAGUUUCACUGGUGGUGGUAGCCAUGUGGGUUGGGUCCUAUCUUGCAAGGUAUGCCCCUCUUCCCCAAGGGGCUUUGCUAACUCUUAUCUACAUGUCUAUGAAGCUACAAUCUGACCUAUAAAUAUAAACACCAUGAUUCUACUGCCAUGCAUGGUUUCAUCUCUUUUCUUAA